AUGGCUGGAUUCCACGUAAAUAUCGACCAAGCAGAAUCCUUUUAUCAGCGGAUCGAGUGUCGACACCCGGCUCGUAUUGAAUUGGUGCAGGAAUAUGCUGUCUACUGCGACCAAGUCGCUCCGCGCGGCGAGUGUGGUGUGCGCAAUCUCGUCCGGGAGGGCUCAGGCGGUAAUUCGGCAGGUGACGUCGUGGACGGAGCUCGGUUUGAAAGGAGAGGAAUCAUGGAAGGGGCCAGCGACGCUAAACAGUGA